CCUGGGACUCAAGGGCCCCUGGGUGGCGCAGACGCGGGUUUAAACGCAGGCCCUCUCCAGCUGUGGGACUCCGGACACCUCACCUCGCCCUACCUGCCUCAAUUUCCCUUUUGGGCACAGGGCACUGAGCCCACGCGGCCCGCCCUGCCUGCGGCGCUGCGGGUUGGAAUCCGCGUGGUUGUUUACGCCCUGAGGACAGCGCCCCCCUCCACCCCCGCUCCCCACUUCCUCCCCAGCUUCAAAGUCGCUGGGCGGCGCGGCUGUGUAAACACGUCUGCCCGCGGAGGCGGCCGCUGGUUUGUUUCGGGCGCUCGCCGGGACCGGAGGGGACGCUGUCCGCUCCCCAGGAGGUGCUGUCCCCUCCCCAAAGACGGGCUGGACUGCGGGGACGGCGGCUGUGCCCGCCCCAGGCUCCGGGAUCAGGUGUGUGAGGAGCAGCGCUGCGAGGAAGAAGUCUUCCCCCUGGCCAUGAACUACCUGGAUCGCUACCUGUCCUGCGUCCCCACCCGAAAGGCGCAGUUGCAGCUGCUGGGCGCGGUCUGCAUGCUGCUGGCCUCCAAGCUGCGCGAGACCACGCCCCUGACCAUCGAAAAACUCUGCAUCUACACGGACCACGCAGUGUCUCCCCGCCAGAUGCGGGAGUGGGAGGUGCUGGUCCUGGGGAAGCUCAAGUGGGACCUGGCAGCUGUAAUUGCGCAUGAUUUCCUGGCCCUGAUUCUGCACCGGCUCUCUCUGCCCAGUGACCGACAGGCCUUGGUCAAAAAGCACGCCCAGACCUUUUUGGCCCUCUGUGCCACAGAUUACACCUUUGCCAUGUACCCGCCAUCCAUGAUCGCGACAGGCAGCAUCGGGGCUGCCGUGCAAGGCCUGGGCGCCUGCUCCACAUCUGGCGAUGAGCUCACGGAGCUGCUAGCGGGCAUCACGGGCACAGAGGUGGACUGCCUACGGGCCUGCCAGGAGCAGAUCGAAGCCGCUCUCAGGGAGAGCCUGCGGGAGGCCUCCCAGACGGCCCCCAGCCUGGCGCCCAAAGCCCCCCGGGGCUCCAGCAGCCAGGGGCCCAGCCAGACCAGCACGCCUACAGAUGUCACCGCCAUCCAACUGUAGCCCCAGACAGGCCCCUAGCGGCCGCCAUGCAGCGGAGGGGCUGCCGCCACCCCUCUCUGCCUCUGGAACAGUCCUAGCCACAUCUGAAGACGGGGCUGGGUCCCCCCUUCCCCAUCUGCACUGUCAGGCUCCCAGCCAGGCGGGGGUCCAGCUGCUCCUCCCACCUUCGUCUGACCAACCCAGCUCCUUCCGUCUGGGCUCUGGUCCGGCGGGAUGGGAGCGGAUGAAUCCCUGCACCAGCAUCUUCUAGAGGCCACAUCUCUGGUGCUCUCGUUCAUAAUUAAAAUGCCCCAGUGCCUUCUAAGGUGUUGCCCCUUGUGGGGCUACUGUGUUUGGAUGGGCACUACGGGCACCCUGCUGCUCCUAGAGGGAAGGCCUAGCCUCGGCCAGAGUUCUCGCUUUGCUUUCUGCUCAGCUUUUCCUGUGCUUGGGGUUCGGUGCUGAAGUGGCCGUUUUAAUUUAUUACUGCUCUGAAUACAACUGUAAAGGGUGCAGUGGGCAUGCCUGCCCCUUGGGCGGUGGGAACCCUGGCGGUUGCUGCUUCUCUCCCCGCUGCUGCCGGCUACAGAAGCUUUGUGGCCCAGGAGCUGCUAUAGCCUGGGCAUGGGGCUGAGCCCUCCUCUCCCUCGGCCCCGUCCCUUCCUCCAGCAGGAAGUAUGGGCAGGGACGCCAGGGGUGGGGGAGCCCCCACUGGAGAGGGAGGUAAGCUCUGUAGACACAGGCCUUUCCUAACCAAUGCCACAAAGUUCAGGCUGGUGGCCUGGGACCACCAUGCUUCCUUAAUAAAAAUUCUGGAAGAAAAUUGCCUUUGGCUUCUGGGAUUUCACAGUGCUGUGGGUAAAAGCCUAUUUCUGGAAGGCAUGAGAUGAGAUGGAAGUCAAUUGUCUAAAGAAAGCAUGGCCUGGGCCGGGAUGUAGCUCAAUGGCACCGUGCCUGCCUGGCAAGCACAAGACCCUGAGUUUGAUCCCUGGUACAAAAAAGAAAGCAUGGAUUGUCAUUUCUGUAAUGAGCUUUGUGGGGCACACAGUCUGUCCAAACAGCCAGUUUCCUUAUGCAUUGCAUCACAUGGCUGAGCAAAACUGCAGAAUGGACCUGUCUGGCUUAUGGGAAAAGGGGGCUUAGGACAUGCAUCUUGAUGGGUGGGGUGCGGCUCAGUGGCAGAGCACUUCCUCAGCAGCUCCCCCAAAAACCUCUAGAUUUACAAGAUGACAUCAUUGUCUGGUGUGGUGGUAUACGCCUGUAAUCCCAGCACUCAGGAGGCUGAGGCAGGAGGAUCACUUUAGUUCCAGGCCAGCCUGGGCUACACCAGACCAGCCUGAACUACAUAGCCAGACCCUGUCUCAAACAAAAGAAAACCAAAAAACCCCACAUGGAUUUUACAUGUUAAAUGUGAAGGACAUAAAUACUGUAAUAAAUUCUGUUGGUUGUGGA